UUUUUUAGUGUUUUUCAUAGUUAAAUAAUUAUAUUUUGAUUGUACUGGUUUGCAAAUACUCCCGGACUUUGAAUUAACCUUUGAUCUAAUGAAAUAUAAGUACUUUUUUCGAGUUUUUUAAGCUAGAUAAAAAUCGCUUGUUGAAAUGAAUUGAUAAAAGAGUUAACGAGUUUCGAUUUCGCAAUUCGCUUUUUAGUCGUAGUAUAAAAUUGCCUGAAGCAGUUGUAAGCCCCUAGAGACUAUCAAACAUUCAAAAAUGGGGGACGUUGAUGGUAAUACCGUUUUGGCGCAAUCGCUCAAAAAACAAGGCAUCGAUUAUGUAUUCGGAAUCAUCGGUUACCCGGUGAUAGAACUCAGCAUGGCCCUGCAAAUGGCCGACAUCCAUUACAUAGGCAUGAGAAACGAACAAGCAGCCUGCUAUGCCGCCCAAGCCAUGGGUUAUCUAACCGGUAACCCGGGAGCCGUGCUAGUCGUUUCGGGCCCCGGGUUGCUGCACACCUUCGGAGGUCUAGGCAACGCUCAAAUCAACUGCUGGCCCGUGCUGGUCAUCGGCGGCUCGGCCCCGCAGGAUCACGAAGGCAUCGGCGGUUUCCAAGAAUGCAAUCAAGUAGAACUAGCCAGGCCUUACUGCAAGUACUCCGCUCGUCCUCCCAGCAUACCAUUGAUACCUUUGCACGUGGAAAAAGCGGUGCGUUUGGCCAAAACCGGACGACCCGGCGCCGCUUACUUGGAUUUCCCCGCGAAUAUUCUAUCCGGUCGCGUGCCGGAAGAUAAAAUUCCAGAGCAAUACGGACCGACCGACGUUCCUUUGAUUUAUCCGGACCCCAAGCAAAUCGAACGGGCUGUUACGCUUCUGACUCAAGCCAAAAAUCCUCUAGUCAUCGUCGGAAAAGGCGCGGCCUAUUCGAAAGCCGAAAACGAAGUGAACGAACUGAUUAACAGCACUAAUCUACCGUUUCUGGCGAGUCCCAUGGGCAAGGGAGUAGUCCCCGAUGACUCCCCGAAUAGUAUAGGUUCCGCAAGAUCUACUGCACUGCUACAAGCCGAUGUAAUCCUCCUAUUAGGCGCCCGAUUGAAUUGGAUACUCCACUUCGGUAGACCCCCGAGGUUCUCUCAAAACGUUAAAGUCAUCCAAAUCGACGUUUCCGCCGAGGAGCUGCACAACAGCGUGAAAGCCGAAGUGGCGAUUCAAAGCGACAUCAAAACGGCCGUCAGGCCCAUAAUAGACGGUCUAAAGCGAAGGAACUUCACCUUCAGCGGCCAGAACGAUUGGUGGAAAUUGCUGAAGAAGAAGUGCGAGGAUAACCAGAGAACCGUAUCGGCCAUGGCUGCUGAUGUGUCUGUACCGUUGAACUACUACGCUGUGUUCAAAAAUUUGCACAAUUCCCUACCGAAAGAUUGCAUUAUCGUGAGCGAGGGUGCGAAUACGAUGGACAUCGGUAGGACUAUGUUGCUCAAUAGCAAACCGCGACACAGAUUAGACGCCGGUACUUUCGGCACAAUGGGGGUAGGCCCCGGUUUUGCUAUUGCAGCAGCUUUGUAUUGCAGGCAAUACGAGCCUAGUAAAAGGGUGAUUUGCGUGGAAGGCGACUCGGCGUUCGGAUUCUCCGGCAUGGAAAUCGAAACGAUGUUCAGAUAUAAAUUGCCCAUAAUCAUCGUGGUGGUGAACAAUUCUGGCAUCUACACCGGCAUGAAGGCUGAUGUUUUGGAUGAAAUUCGAAGCAGUGUAGACAUCCAGGAAAUAGCCAAAGUAUCGCCUCCUGGUUGUUUGACGAGCGCGACGCGUUAUGAUAGCAUGAUGAGCAUGUUCGGUAAAUCAGGAUUCCUGGUAAAUACCGUAAGUGAGUUGGAAACGGCCGUGCAAAAGGCUUUAGCAAUUAAUGAUGCACCUACGAUAAUCAACGUUAUAAUCGAUUUGACGGCUGAUAGGAAACCGCAGACGUUCCAUUGGCUCACGGAAUCCAAACUUUAAGAUUUUGGUCUAUUAAAUGUGUGUUUUUAUUGAACAAAUUUUUAUAUUUUAUCGGUGAAAGUUUAUAGGAGUAAUUUGUGAACGAAUUACAUGUUUAAAAUAA